UUGACCGUAGCAGUGUCAUCAUCGCUCCGUAGAUUCCUGGUCUCUUCCUGAGACCUCAAUGCCACUUUCCUCUUCCACUUCUCUGCUUCAUCAGAACUCGAAGUCUCGAAUUCGAGCAGUUCCGAGAGAUCGCACACAGGAAUGGCGGUGGCGAUGGUGCAGUUCCUCAUGGAGAAGUUUGUGGAUGCGCUCGAAGAAGAAGACAGUUCGGUGGUUCCCUUCCAUGCUCUGUUCCAGGGCAUAAAGGAGGAUCUUAAAGUGACAAUGAGGUCCUCCGUGCCGCUGGGCACCGCCGACCUCCUCCGCGACUCGCUGUACGACCUCAAUGACAUACUGAUCGAGUGCCGAACGCUCUCCAAGAAGCACACGGACCUCAAGCAACGGAAGCGCGUAAGACUCUCUUCCAUGUCGAGUCUAUGGUUUCUGUACAAAGCGAGGAAGAGGCUGCAGGCGAUCAAGCACAGUAUCCAACCCAGAAACCAUGGAGCGGUGGAUCAGAAUUACAGUAGUGGUUCGUUAAGCGGCGACAUGGAGUUCGAUAGGUGGACUUCGCGUUCUGUGGACAAAUCGAAGGUUUAUGGUCUCGACGAUCAGCUCAACGCGAUAGAGAGAAUGCUGUUGGAAGAGGAUAGCGGCGGAUUCAAAGGAAUCGGGGUUGUGGGGAUGGGUGGAGUUGGCAAAACAGUGCUUGCGCAGAUGGUCUUCAACAGUCCGCCGGUGAGAAGGCGCUUCUUUCCGCGGCUAUGGGUGUGCAUGUCUCAGACAGCGAAAAGAGGUAGAGAUGUCCGAAGAGAGAUGUUGGAGCGGAUGCUAAUGGCACUGGGAGUCGAGGAGGAGGCCAUCACAUCCAUCUCAGAAGCCGGUGCAGGAAGCGGUGGCCUCGCGGAGUUGAUGUUCGCGCUCCACCUCCAAUUGAUGAACAAAAGAUAUCUCAUCGUGUUCGACGACGUCUGGAACAUCGACGAGUGGUACCAAGGCUUAAUGAGCUCGGGUUUGCCGGACGAAGGUGAAUGGGCCGGUCAUCUUCGUCUUGACCGUGUGUUGCCGAAGGACUGCGGCGGGUCGGUCAUCGUCACGAGCAGAUUGGAGGAGGUGGCUGUGAAGAUGGUCGGGAAAGAGAACAUGUGUCGGAUCGAGCCCGAUAAAGACGGGGAAUGUUGUUGGAAUAUAUUCAUGGAUUCAGUGACGAAGGGCGGGCUUGCGGGCGAUCAUCCUACUCUGGGAAGCAUGAAGACAGAGAUCGUGGAUAGAUGUGGUGGCCUGCCAUUAGCCGCAAAGACUAUAGGGGAGAUCUUGCGUGGAUCUCUCUCACCAGCAGAGAAUUCGGAGCCUGAGAACGAGCUUCAUCCCUGAGAUCUCUGUGAAAUCGGUGGCAAUAAACAGAUGACAAUAGAUUCUUGUAUCUGUCAGGGAUAGAAUUUUUUUCUUUUUCUUGUAACAUUCAUGCAUUUGUUUUCCUGAAACACCCACAAAUAAACCAUGCAAAUCAAAUAUCAUAUUUGACUA